AUGGAUGAGCAUGACGACAGAAUUAAGUUGGACUUAUUUAGAAGUAAAACCACUUAUCAGAAUGAUUACAAAAAAUUUCCACUUGAAAGUCAUAAAGGCACUUUGAAUUGUCACACAAAAUUUUCGGAGAAAAAGGAGAAACCCCCCGGUGAAUAUGUUCCAAAAGACAAUGAAACCUUUGCAGCUCGGCGUCCCAAUGUUUACAUCCCUUUUAAUUUACUUUGGAGACGCAAAGAAAUCACAAACACAAAUCCAUAUGAACCUUUUGAAACCCCCGUAAUUCCUGAGAACGCAGCCAAAGAAAAUGUUAUUAAAACAAGACCAAGGGUUUACAUGUCCCCUGCUGUGAGUAUUGAUGACGUUUCAGACCCUGAAAUGCGCAACUUGUUGCUCGCCCAUAUGUAUACUUCAGAGUGGACAAGAGCUAUCCAAGAAUCGUCUGUUAAACCCACUGCGAGACAAAUCCCCAAUACUACAGUCGAACAAGCAGGCGAUCCGAUACAAUUAAAAAUCGACUUGUUGCCUCCUUUACCCGAUAAUUUUCGAAAAAAAGGUAAAGACUGGGAAAACGAACAACUCAAACUUACAGUUGACCCAAAUAAAACAUUCUGGCAGCAUAAAGACCCUCCUGUCAAGUGCGGUGCUUGUUUCGAUCCGGUCAAAGGACUGGUUCCCGAAGAGACUAAAGAGGAAAUAAGGAAACUGAUCAGUCAGGAUAGACUCAGACUGGCACAUGAUGCUCCAAUCCCGGGCUAUGCCGGGUAUAAACCCAGGUUUUCUUACGGGGUUUCCCUGCCUAAGGUCGAGAUGCCUGUAGUACACCCAUUUUUGUCAGUGAGUCAGGCUAUAACCAAGAGGUAUGAUGUAGACAAAACAAAAUAAAUUUCAAACAAGCCUCGAUUAUAUUGUUUUUGAUUAACACAUUUUAAAACAUAUCACAAUUAACGGACUGAGAGCUGCUGAACUUUAUUCUUACCUGAACCCGCAGACCGACGGAAUGUGCACUUUU